AUGGGGGUAUUUAUCCCGUGUAUUGAAGACUAUGAAUUUUGGUCAAUCCUUCCAGAAAUGGGACUUUUAUUAUAUUCAAAUAUAUUUUCCUGUAUUCUGAUCAAUGGUGAAACAACUGAGUUUUUCUCUGUCUCUCGAGGUGUUCGUCAAGGCUGUCCCUUAUCCCCUUUACUCUACGUAUUGGUGGCGGAAACAAUAGCUAGUGCAAUUCGUGCGGACCGUUUCAUCGAUAGUUACAUCUUACCAAAUGGCCAGACGGUAAAGUUAUGUCAAUACGCUGAUGAUACAUCUGUUAUCGUAACUACAGACUUGGCAUUGAAUGCUCUGUUCCAUUUGUUCACACGAUACGAGAAGACGUCUGGGACUAAACUAAAUGUUAAAAAUGUCAUGGGUUGUUGA